AUCCCCGCCCCCACCACCUUCCGGCCCCUCCCACACCAGGAUAAGGGGUGCACCAUUAACUGAACACCUGGGGCACCAUUAUUCACCAUACACGGGACCUGGAAAUAGUGAAAUAAGAGGUGGUGGUGGUGGUGGUGGUGUUUACAUAUGGUGACAGUGGAUGGAGUGGAGCAGGAGAGAGACACAGUAGCAGUAGUAGUAGCAGUAGCAGUAGUAGUGGUGGUGGUGGUGGUAGCGGUGGUGGUGGUGCGUGAUGGAGGAGGUACUGGAGGCGCUGUACAGGGAAGCCUCACCCUCUAAACACUCUCAGCUGCGGUUUGCUUGUACGCAGGCUAAAGAUGUGUUGGAGUCACAGGCGGGGUUGGUGCGGUCACCCCCCCACCAGCUGCGCUCCCUCUGCCUGGCCGCACUGCAGGGGGCGCUGGAAAGUAGGCAAUCCAAGCUGGUGACCCUGGCAAUCUCUGGAUAUUACAAGCUGCUGCGAGACACACAGUUCCACAGCGGGUAUGAGGAGGAUGACGAGAGCACCUGGCUGGCAUCUCAGGUCCUCUCCACACUCCACUCCCUCCACCUGCAGACUGAAGACACACAGGUGGAGCUCCUCAAGGUGGUGCUAAACAUGAGUUGUGUGGCGGGGGUGACAACCUCCGGCCAGCUGGUGACACAGGUGGUGGGGGUGUGUGGCCUGGCCUAUGGCAGGGGGGGGGCCGCCCUACGCACCGCCGCCCAGUCUGCUGCGUCACAAGCCAUCGCACACCUUGUUAGACAGCUGAAGGAGGAGAGUGAGGAACAGGAGAAACAUUACCCAACCAGUGCACAGAGGAGGAAGAAGAAGGAAGAGGAGAAGGAAGAUGAGGAGGAGGAGGAAGAGGAGGAGGAGGAGGAGGAGGAGGAGGACUUCAUUGCCCCAGCCUUUGACGAAUGUGUUCCUGUUAUUAACUUCAUCGUUGACAAGUUAAUGGAGGCCAAGAGACACGAGGAGGACAAGAGGGUCCCUGAAAUCCCAGCGCUGUAUCUCCUGGAAUGCAUCAAGACCCUUUUAACGUGUCUGUCCCAACCCGAGACUCUGGUACACCUGCAUAAACCAUCCGAAGGCAGCUCCACCUACUGCUCCACCCUGCUGACUGGAGCGCUCUGGCAGAGGCUGUGUCCGUCCCUGGUGGCCCUGCUAGGUACCCCUGUCUCCCAGCGCCUUGCCAGGGUCUCAGGCAGGGCAGAGGGACAGAUGGGCAGAGGGUCUGGUUGCAUGGCUCAUCCAGGACCUCUCUUCAAUAAUAAGCAGGCUAGGGCAAUUUAUGGGGUGGUGUGUGGGCUGGUGGUGACGAUGGGUGGUGUUGGUGAGCUGAGGCCGGUGUUGGAGAGCCUGCUACACCGGAUGCUGCUGUACCCUCCCCCACAGUGCCGCCAGGAUGCUCUCAGGGCCAUCAUUGAGCUCCUGGGAAACCCUUUGAAGUUAAUACAGUUAGCAGGGCCCAUUCUGUAUCCUGAUCCGAGGAACCCACACCAAAAUGACAUGGCUGUUUUUCAACUAGUGAUGGACAGCCUGGGUGAGUGUGCCAACUGUACUGAGCCAGGAGUGCUGAAGAUGCUGGUGGAGGCAGUGCUCUCCUUGCUGGGGUCACUGGAGAAGCUGACGCAGGGCUCCUCUCUGUCCAAGCACCAAGUGGGCCUCACCAACGCUAUGUAUCCCCACCUGAAGGAUUGUGACUACUCUGGUCCUCUUACAUAUGAGAACAAGACUAAACUGCCCAAAUAUGAGAUUCAGGAGGGGGGGAGAGGGACUGGCGACCCCUCCUCCUCCUCUGACACUCACUCACAGAAGACCGACGACUUGGAGGAAGAGGAAGAGGAGGAAGAAGAGGAUAGUGUGAAAGCUCACCAAGAAGAAGAAGAAGAAGAAAGCAUGGAAGAGGAAAAGAAGACCAAACGAAAGAGGAGAAGGAGGAGGAGGAGGAAGAAGAAGAAGGAAGAGGAGGAGGAAGAGGAGGAGGAGGAGGAGGGAGGAAUAUCAGAGGCAUCAGGAGACACAGAGGGACCUGAAAAUGUGGAGUUGGAGGAGGAGGAGGAGGCGGAACAACAAAGGGAGGAAGAAGCCCAGAGACUCCACCAGCUUAAUGAAACACUGCAGUCCACCACUAACCUCCGCCUGAUAGUGGACGAGGAGGCAGCGAGGGAGUGUGAGAAUGCACGUCACUUCUGCUGUACCUUGUGUGCCCUCCUGCCCUCAUUGCUCGCCAUCAGAAGCACUGUGGAGGUGGACCAGGCCAUCCUCGAGUUCUCCUCUAAGUAUUGUGAAGGAGUGUUCACGGCCACAUCGCAGGAGGGCGUCCCAGGACAAGUGAUCCUCAACGCUGACGGCAUCUACCUCACCACCUACUCCGCCCUCUCUCUCAACCUCCAGCUCAUCCGCGGCGGCCACUACUGCGACCCCUCCCUCCCCCUCCCCCUCACUCAGGAUCAGUUUGUGGAGUUGGUACAUGGCAGCGGAGUGUUGGUGUACCUCUCUGCGGCGUGGCUGGGUGAGGUACACAGGCAGGUAGUGCGUGACAGCUUCCUCCAACGUGCUGGCUACUCCCCUCACUCACCUCACAACUGUGCCCUCAUCAACCUACUCACAGAUCUGGAGUAUGGAAGAAGAUGUGCUAUUGACAAUGAUCUGGACGGCCUGGGGAGCACAGAGCAGCGAAGCCAGAUGUUAUCAGACCACAGACGGCUUGAGAGGGCGGCCAGCAGCGUUACACAGACCCCAGAAGUGAUGGCUGGACUGAAGCUGUGUCGUCGCGUGGUCACCUGCUGCUGGGAGACGGUGAUAGGGGUUCUGGGAGCGGUGCUGGGUGGGGCAGGAGGCGGGGCAGCACUGCGGGGCCCUGUGCGGCUGCUGCUGGGGGCGGAAAGUGCCAGAGAAGAAGCGAGGCGAUCUCAAGAGUUGCUGGCACAGUGCUUGAAUGCCCUGCAGAGUGCCGCUAGACUGGCUAAUGUACUGGGACUACAAAAUCGGUGUGGAGUUGUGUUUUCCCUCCUCUCUUCCGCUUGCCUUCCUGAUGAUGACAAAAAACCCUCUACUCCACGUCACUCCACCCCCCGCCACCGUCUCCGCUCCCCCUCCUCAUCUUCCUCCACCUCCUCCACCUCCAAGAAGCCCCAGCGCCUCCACACAGCCCACCUCCUGUCUCUCCACGUUAUGCUCUCCGCUGGACUCGAAUUGGGAUCACACGCCCCAGACUGUUGGACUUAUAUAUUUAGGUGCUGUGUUUACCUGGCGGAGUUGGAACACACAUUCUUCAGCCACCACAGCGGUUACCAGUCCUUUCCAACCCGCCUCACUCCACCGCACUCCACCUCCUCCACCUCCUCCUCCUCCACAUCAGACAGGGCCAAGGUGGAGUGCGAGGAUGUCUUCAGUGAGGAGGUGAGCCGGUACCUGGUGAGUCCUGUAGCCCCCAGCACCAGCAUGGAGGAACUCAUUAAGGAGAGCCAGAAGGAUACCAAUGCCAGUGGGUUCCUCUCCAUUCAGGACACUGGCAAGGCGAUCUGUGCCCUCACUCAGCUGGUGGACAGGUUGUUUGACGACGCCUCCACCAAGCUGAACAUGUCGUCGCUGGUGAGCUUCCUGGCAGAGCUGUGUGCUGCGUCCCAGGCUCAGCUCUUCCUGCGCAUGACUCCACAGACCCCACAGCGCCCUCUGCUGCGCUGGCCCAAGAAGGUGUGUGUGGGUGGUGGGAGGGAGGGUGUGGGGUCAGGUCGUGGGGGGUGGGACGUGCUGCUGCUGCACCGCCUGGCUGAGGUCAUGCUGAGGUCAGUGGGCUCCGGUCGGCCGCUCCUGCAUGUCAUGAGGGCCUGGGCUGUCGCUGGCCCUCACUUCAUGGAGGCGGCAUGUCACAAGGACGCAUCAGUGAGCAAGAAAUCAGUUAGUUCCAUCCACGAUAUAGUGAACGCACUCCUCAACACACACUCGGAGCUGCCUCACUACCACUUCAACGAGGCGCUUUUCAAACCCUUCGAGAACCUGCUGUGUCUCGAACUGUGUGACUCUGAUGUCCAGGAGCAGAUCAUCAGCAGUAUCUGUGAGUUUGUGGAGAGCUGUACGCCGGAGAUAAGGUCAGGCUGGCGACCUCUCUUUGGGGCCCUGCGCUGUGUGCGGGGCCCCUCCCACCUCAAGCUCACCUCACCUCCCCAUACAGGGUCAACAGGCGGCCGGGAGGGUCUGGGUCACCUGCAUGUAGUAAGGGACGUCUUUGAAGCGUUCCUCACCACUGACAACGUGCUGGUGUUUGCCAAUGCUGCCCUCGACUGCAUACUGUGUCUCCUGAAGCACCUCAGAGGCCCUGGUAUCGAUGACGUGGAUGGGGGUGGAGGAGAGAAGGUGGUGGAGUGGGAGGAGCUGGUGGGUGGAGGGGACCUGUGUCUGGAUGCCCUGCGUUACCUCCACCGGUGCGCUGCUAUCCUGGCCUCCAUGUACCAGAUGCCCGCCUGCCCUGUCUUCCACGCCGCUCACAGGAUCACAGUGAACACUCCACCCCAGCUGGUUGACCCACACCUGCCCAGCGUGGAUGAGAACCACCUGUGGACUCUUAUGGACGACAUCACCGACACACACUCAGAGAAGAUAUCCUACCAAUCGCUGUGGCCGUCGCUGGAGUCAGUGAGCAGGACGUCAGAGUCAGCCUUGGAGCACAGUAGCGGCAUUCUGCAGGUGUGGUAUUUGCUGCUGGAGGGGCUGGCGGGGGCUACCAUGACCUGCCCCCAGCGGUACCAGCCCCAGGCACUCGACACUCUCUUCUCCCUCUUCCGCAGCCUGCCUGACUGUCCGGGUCCCACGUAUGGCAUGUACUGCGUCAACCACCUGCUGCUGCCACUCAUGCAGACGUGGCUCAGACGCUCCACCUCCACCCACCCCUCCACCACACCCCCAUGGGACUUCACCGCCUCCUUCAAGCAGUACACCGGCCUCACCUCCGAUCUUGUGGUGGAAUACGUGACAAGACUAGCGGAGAAGGGUGCGCUCGGGGACAAGGACAGUGACGCAGCCCUCUUGAUGUUCCAGCAGUGUCUCUUGGUGUUGGUGGAGUGUGUGGCGCACCCCAACGAGGCCACUUCCAGGCUGGGGUGUGCGUGUCUGCGUCAUGUUGUCACUAGUUGUGGGGAAUGCCUGCCGCCGCGGUUUUGGGAUGUGGUGGUGUGUGCCCUGCAUCGCGCCUCCCAGGUGGCGCUGUACCCUCUGUACCAGCUCAUGACACUCUUCCAGCCAGACUCCCCUAACUUUUAUGGCGACAUAGGCCAGGUGAAGGUGGCAGCGAGGCGAGACUGCACCGGGAAGGACAGUGACAGAUUACGCCAACUUUCCCACCAAGUCUUCCUCUUAGACACACAGCGAGGGAAUGUGACCGCUGCCGACACGAACCCUGAUGCCGAAGACCGCUCCUUUAUAUUCCUGCUGUACCCUGAGGACCGCCAGUACCAGCAGAGGGCCAUGGCAGGGGUGGAGGGAGGGGCAGCAGGGGAGGGGGAGCCGCUAAGAGUACCGUUCAGAACGCUGGUGGUGGGUCUUCUCUCUCAUCAGAUCUUGUUGCAGACGCUUGGCACUUUGCUGGUCAGGGGAUCGCCGCAUAUCAUCCCCAGCUUAGCCAAUGUUCUCCUACAAGGCGGGGAAUUCUCAAGGCGCAGCAGCACCACGGAGGGCCGAGUGGCAGAGAGUGAGGGGCGGGUACCAGGAAUGCUGAGCCACAUGCAUCCACACCACAUCCACACACUCCUAGCUGCCCUCCACCUCUCCUACACAGCUGCUGUUGAGUUCGACCGCAGACCGGGGUUAAAAUUUUUGAUCCAGAAGGUGGCACAGGCGGAAAGAGCUGCUAAUCUGUACCGGCAGGCUGGGGCAAGCUGGACCCUUCGUAUGGUGACCCUGUUUGACCUGACCCUAUCGCAGGUGAAGCAUGGAUUAGGGUUAGCGGAGGUGAAGGAGGUGCUGGAGAGGGACAUGAAGGCUCGGAACACAGUGACGGACAACACAGAGAGAGACAGAGAGAAAAGUGAUGGUGUUGAGAGAAAGAGCAACGAUGAAUCUGACACUAAAGGCUUGGUUGAGGGUAAUGCAGAGAAACAAGAGAUGCUGGAAGGUAAAGAUAACACCAAUAGCACCACCAGCACCAGUGAAACCAGCACCAGUCGCCCUGCACGCCCCACAUCGCUGCUACCUGGGGAAACAUCAGCGUACAUACAAAUGCUGCGUUCCUCCUUCACCCAGCUGUGCGACAUCUAUCUGGACUUGGUGAUAGACAGAGACGGACACUACUCGGCUGUGGACCGCAUGGAUGACCAGCCAAUAUUCUUCCUCACAGUACAACCCGAUGACUUCCCAACUGCACACCGCCACUCCCUAGACCAGUGGACCAAAACCCUUCAGGAAUCGACAAAUGAGUUAGCUCUGGGACGCAAAACUAAGGAUAAACAGGACCAGGAAGGAAGGCAAGGGUUACAGGGUUCAGAGGAUGCCCUGCAGGAUACCCCAAGUGAGAGAAGUGGAGGAGAGGAGGAAGAGGAGGAGGAAGUGGAGAAAGUUAAACCAUUCUCCUUCUCUGAUUUAGCGAGAGAGUACAGCUCAGAUUCGGAGGAUUCAGAAGUGCCCGAGUUUGCUGAAGGAGCUGAUUCUGGUGUGGCGAGUUUGACAGGAACCCAGCAGAGUGUGUACAAGGUUGCCACAGAGAAGGACAUAGCACACUUGAUGACAGACUACAGGCGCCGCAAGAACCAACACUCCCUCCCAUCGCUGUACAGGGAGCGCCGAGCUAACCCCUUCCUAGAGCGCCGCCCACCCCGCCCCGCCGACCCUGUCCCGCCCGAGAUAGAGGAACAGCGCUCUACUAGUCUCAUGAAGGACAGCGAGGCCCAUCUCAAAGUGUGGACAGAGAUGGUGGUGACAGUGUUUGACCUGAUAAGCCAACUGAGUGAUGGUGAACUAAGGCCCCUGCUGCCCCUCCUCUUCCCCACCAUGCGCUCCCUCACCGCCCACGCCCACGACCCGCACCUCAGGCAGGUUGUGGCCGAGCUCCUCACUAGGGUGGCUGCACUUUAUGGCUUUAGUCCUGCCGAGUGAAGGAAGGAUGGUAGGAUGUGUGUAUGUGUGUAUGUGUGUGUGUGUGUGUGUGUGUGUGUGUGUGUGUGUGUGUGUGUGUGUGUGUGUUUAUGGGAUAUGGGACGCCAGCCAAGGGCAACAAAAAUUAAAAAAGAAAAAGGACCCACUUGAUUGCCAGUUCCCUUAAAGAUAAAGAGAGUUAGCCAAAAGUCUGGGCCAUUGGGAUAUGGUGAAGGAUGUUUGAAGGACAUGGUGAAGGAUAUGGUAAAGGGUGGGUUCUGAAAUAUGACCAUGCAAUCUCAGUGGAUCUUGAUUUGACUAGUGUUUAAUUAAAGAGGUUAAUUUAAGCA